ACCCAAGUCCCUUGAACUUUCCCGGGAAGACUCUCGCACCAAGCCCUAGCGCCCGGACAGCGGCACCCCGGAGCCUGCUCAGCGGCAGCCUCCCGCCCACGCUCCCUCAAGCAUCCCCCCGCCCGUCACACCGCCCACGGCGUCCCGCCGUCUCACUACAGCCCCCCCUCCCCCCGCCCCUCCUCCACUCCGAGCCGCCCGCCCGGACGCUCCCCCCCCCCCCAUUAUCCCAGCCCCCAAACACCCCUCCCCCAGCGCAAACUCCCUCUGCCCGCCCCCGGCCGCUCCGCUCGCGCCGUCCCCGACCCGCGACCACCGACCGCCGCAGCAGCUCGCGGCUGGCCAGAGCCCGCCGCCGGAUGCUCCGCUCGCCCGGCUGGCGCUGAGCUCCGCCGGCUCCUGCCCGCCACACAGGAGGGAAGAAUCCCGAGGAAGCGACGCGCCUCCAGCGGGGAAAGAGCCGGGCAGCGGGUCGGUCCGGAUGCGGUGAGCGCCGCGUUGCCUCCGGGGCUGCCUUAGCGGAAGGAAGGAGAGAGAGAGCGAGAGCGAGAGAAGCAGGGAUCGGGCACCGGCCGCCACCACCAUGGGCUGCUGCACCGGGCGCUGCACGCUCAUCUUCCUCUGCGCGCUGCAGCUGCUGGCUGCAUUAGAAAGGCAGAUCUUUGACUUUCUUGGCUUCCAGUGGGCUCCUAUUCUUGGCAAUUUUCUACACAUAAUAAUUGUCAUAUUGGGUUUGUUUGGAACCAUCCAGUUUAGGCCUCGAUACAUAGUUGUGUACACGGUGUGGACUGCUCUCUGGGUCACCUGGAAUGUUUUCAUUAUCUGCUUCUAUUUGGAAGUAGGCGGGCUUUCUAAGGAAAUUGAUCUCAUGACCUUUAACAUUUCAAUGCACCGUUCCUGGUGGCGAGAGCAUGGGCCAGGCUGCAUACGGAGAGUGGUGCGCCCUUCAGCCCCUGGGAUCCUAGACGAUUACUCCUAUGUCUCUGUGACAGGCUGCAUCAUUGACUUCCAGUAUCUCGAGGUCAUUCACAGCGCCAUCCAAAUAUUACUGUCUUUGAUUGGUUUUGUGUAUGCCUGUUACGUGAUCAGUGUUUUCAUGGAAGAAGAGGACAGCUGUCAAACUAAGUAAUGAACAUUGACUCAGCACUGUCAACUGCUGCUGUUGCCGAAGAAACAGACUUCAGAAGAAAAGACCAACUUUGUGAACCGUUGUCACAGAAGAGACAUGUCCUAUAUUUCUCACAGAGUGUGUGGAUUGCUCUUCUCACAUGUGACUGAAUCCUUCAGUCGCAGCCUCAGUAUCAUUAUCAGCAUUGCCAUUAGAUGGAUACUUGUAGAUGAUCUUGGAUUUUUUAAAUUAUUUACUUAUAUGGACACUUGUAAAUUGUUUUCUUUUUUUAAUUUUGUUUUUUACAAUACCUAGUGUUAAGGCAUGAAAACAAAUCAACCUGUGAAAAUUAUGAGAGAAGAAUGUGUGUUUCUCAAGAAACUCAGUAUUUCUGGACUGAUACAAUCAUACUGUGCCUGGCAAAGGUAGUAUUGGUAAAUGAUAAUAUGACUCCAGAAUACAUGUCAAGGGUCAGACACCUAUAGUGUAAUAUGGACUGUCAAUAAUGUAUUAGACAUUCACAAAGUCUGCACCUAACGUUGGUUGAGCUACUGUAAGUAGUAGAAACUGAUCAAUAAUUCUUCUUUUCCAAUACCAAUAUGCUUGUCUAAAUAUUCUAAUUCAUAUAUGGUUUCUUCUCCCCCUUUUUGUCUCCUCCCCUGCACCCACAAACAGUAGUUGUCUGUGAGUUGAAGAGAAGUGAAAUGGAUGUUCUCUAUUGAUGUCAGUCUCCAAGAACCCUUAAAAGCAGGGCUCUUUUAGAUGUCUGUAAUUUGCACAUUUUUUUUUACUCUUUUCCCCUCUUCCCAGAAGAAGCCAAGCAUGAAUGUACAAUAUAGGCACCAUCAACAGCCUUAGGAGUGUCUGGGGUGAAUUUUGUUCUUCAUUUAAAAGUAAACAAGAAGAUCUGGAUAUGAAAAUGUGUAUAAAAGUUUGUAAAGUUUUCUGUAAAUACUUAUCGAAAAAGGACAUGUAUGUAACUGUGCAGCAUUUUGUUUUAUAUUCAGUCACCACCGGUAUAAAAACAAAAGUCAUACACAAAAGCUAUUUUCUGUGGGGAGUUGGCAGUCUUUUUAGCAAGACUUUUUUCAUAAUUUCUUUUUUAUUAAUUAAUAUUUAAAAUAUUGCAUAUGAAAGAAGCCCGAGAGAGUGAAGUGCUCUGUCUCUCCAUGGAACCAGAACUCCCUCGGAGGCAGCAUCACAAGCUUCCUCAGAAAGGUCUGCCAAUCAGCCUCAAGUUUUGGAAGAAAAACCUGUAGGGCUGUGAGAGCACUUCCAUCUUUGUGCUUACUCAGUUUGUUACUUCUUUGAUGAAACUGUCAGGAGGGAUGGUAUUUGUGAUGUGCACACCUGCACUUGUCCAUUAGGUACUGGACUGAGGUCACCAGGUUCUUUCAUAUAAGCCACAAAGAGUCUUCAGAUGCUAAUGACUUUUGGUCCAUCAUCAAUGGGCUGAGGCAUACAGCCCCUCAACUAAUUGUCUUAUGUGAAGCUUACUUCAUUUGAUUUUUCUGUUAUUGACAGAUUACAACUAGACUAAAGCUUGCCUUGGUUCUUUACAUUGGAAACUAUGUUAGUGCUAUUUACCAACAAGAACCUAAUCAAAAAGUCAGCAAACACAAUGCUGUCCAUCAUUUUUAGAUUGUUGAGCCCCAAAGGUCUUGUGGUGCUUGCCCCUUUUUCACAUUCAGCUCAACCAAAGAUCACACUGUCUUUUGUGAAGAAAUAGAUCUUGCCAUAAUUUCACAUAGGCUACUUUUUUCUGAAACUAUAUACGAAACAACUGCCAAGCCAAGAACAAGCAAGAACGACAGUGCAAUAAAAUCACUCGUCAGUAUUUUCUGUGACUAGGUAGUACAGGACAAUAUGCAGCGCUAGAAGUCAAAUAGUGCCAAAAAAGAGGAUACUUUGUGCAAAAGAUAAUACCACACUUCUCUGAGUCUCUGUGUUCCUCUGUUGUUUCCUGUUGCACCCUGAUGCCAGAUAUUUGGUCUGCCCUGUCUUGAAGUCCUAGUCUUCUGAGAAUGUCAAAAUGGGUAAUUUGUCACAAAACUAAUAUGAGAACACUGUCAUUUUUGAGACACCACAGCUGGACCUCAGAAGACCAAACUGCAGAACAGUUAAUAUUUAUAAAUCACUUAUAUUUGACAAAAUGCCCCUUGGUAGAGUUUAUUGUUUGAGUGUGUACCGGUGCGCAUGAUUUAGUUUCUUAUACAUACAACCUUACAUAACAACUAUAAGCAUAUGAUACAGCUAACAGAUGCCUACAGCUUUCUGUUAUCUAUGUCAGUGCACUUCAGAGUCGAGGAUUUUUUUGAAAAAGUUUUGUUAAAACUUGUCUACGUGCCUGAAUACUCCACUUUUCCCCUGCUCUGUACACACAGGGGUGUUCAGCAUAUAUUCCUGCAGUUCCUCCCUGCGGCCGGAGCCUUUGCCCAUCCCAGGGAGCAGUGGGAGCUGCUUUUGCUGCAGUGUUUAGCUACACAUACCCAAAUGCCACCAGCAGCGCCGUCAAGGCCACACCUUUGACUGCAGUGUAGACAUACCCUCCAGUCGCAACAUUUAUCUCCUACCCUAAGUGAAGGGGAAAGCUGGUCAUCUCAAAUACCAACAGUGAAUUUUUAAUGGCAAGCACUGUAUGCUUCUCUGAGCCAGGCUGUUUAAUUUCCUUUCACUUUAGAUUUAUCUGAUU